AAAAAAAGAAGGAAGCGCUACUACAACAACAACCACCAGUGAUCAAAACAAACGGUUCUUUUUGUAUUGAGAAAUUUGUCAAGCAACAGUGAAGUUCGCAAAUAUAGUGUCAACUACAAAUUGAGCAAACGGAACGCUAAUCACAAUGUCCGCAAUUAGCAGCCGCAAUCAGAAAAUGGAACAACAGCGUCAGCUGAUGGACGCUUAUAUACGUCAAAAGCGCGCCUCUCCGGGCAUGGUGCAGGCGAGUGAUCUGCAAAUUAGUCGACCCAUGUCUGGGAUGCGCAGCAACAGUCGCGAGCUGCAUGGCUACGAUGGCCCAAUGCAGUUCAUAGGCUCGCCCAAUGAUCCGGAUCAGCUGCUGAGCAACAAUUCCACAGUCACGAUCAACUCAAGUCGCAAUAACUCGAACAAUCUGCGCAGCCUGAGCACAAUUAACCAAGAGGCUGAUCUGAUUGAAGAGAUCUCGUCGCACGAGCUGGAGGAUGAGGAGAGCAGUCCGGUUACAGUUAUUGAGCAGCCCACGCGCAGCGCCAACUCCGGUCAGGGACUGCGCAUGGCUCAGCACUCGUUUGGCGAUACGCUGGACGAGGAUGACUAUGCCAAUCGUAAUAUAGCAGGUGUGGCGGCAGUGCGUCCCGUUGGCAUGGCCGGCUCAACUAAGGAGAACUCCGAGCUGGAGGGUGCGAAUGGCAGCACUGGCGAAUCCGAGGGCGAUGUCAUCGGGCAAAUCGAUCAGUUUGUUAUGCAGCCAGCGCCGCAGGGCGUGCUCUACAAGUGCCGCAUCACACGCGAUCGCAAGGGCAUGGAUCGUGGUCUGUUUCCUAUUUAUUAUCUGCAUCUGGAGCGGGACUACGGCAAGAAGAUCUUUCUGCUGGGCGGACGCAAGCGCAAGAAGAGCAAAACGUCCAACUAUAUUAUAAGCUGCGAUCCCACCGAUCUGUCGCGCAAUGCGGACGGCUUCUGUGGCAAGCUGCGCUCCAAUGUGUUUGGCACCUCCUUCACUGUAUUCGACAAUGGCAACAAGGACAGCGCCGAGAGUCCACGCAACGAUCUAGCAGUCAUCAUUUAUGACACCAACAUAUUGGGCUUCAAGGGUCCACGCAACAUGACUGUGAUACUGCCAGGCAUGACUGAGGAUGAUCAGCGCGUCAAGAUCAGCUCUGCGGAUCCCAAGCAGCAGGGCAUACUCGACUUGUGGAAAAUGAAGAACAUGGACAACAUUGUGGAGCUGCAUAACAAGACGCCCGUUUGGAACGAUGAGACUCAGUCGUAUGUGCUCAAUUUUCAUGGACGCGUCACGCAGGCUUCGGUGAAGAACUUUCAGCUGGUGCACGACUCGGAUCCUGAAUACAUUGUCAUGCAGUUUGGACGCACCUCCGAGGAUGUCUUCACCAUGGACUAUCGCUAUCCGCUCUGCGCCAUGCAGGCCUUUGCCAUUGCGCUCAGCAGCUUCGACGGCAAAAUCGCCUGCGAGUGAGCGUCGCCUUAUUUAUCAGUCACACACACAUAUAGCGUAUAUAUUUAUAUAAAGACAUACCAAAAAAGGAGCAAAUUAAAUUUAAGUGCAUGUCGUUCGUUCAGCUGUCAUUUUUAUAGUACUUAUUGUUUAAAUUGAAAUUUAACUACAGACAAGGCAUAGUUACUUAAGAGGCUACAGUUUGAUAGUUUGAGCUUAUUAAUUGUAUUAACCAACUCGAAAUGUUUCUCUAUCAUCGCAACUGUAUAAAUAUAUAUAUAUGCAUAGCCCCAUGUAUUUGUAUAUUACACUCGUAUCGUAUAUAGUCGAUAUCUCUAGUCAAGUUCUCGUCAUUAUUCCAAAACAUUGUAGGGAACAAUUUAAAUAUGUGUACAAACAAAUGUAUGUAUAUGUAAUUAAUUAAACAAUGAUGAAUUGACAUCAUAGUAACGUUAAUUCAAAAUAUGCUCACCGAUUUUGUAAGGAGUAUAUAGUUUAGAUCAAAACUAAAGAAAUCAAAAUCAAUUAAUUAUACAUAUGUAUGUAUUUGUAUUUGUAUUU